AUGUCUAACGAGGCCCAGUCUGGGGUGCUUCCAAUCGACCCCUGCAGAGGUCGUCUACACAGCAAAACAGUUCCUGAGGUAAUAGGAUGGGCUGAUGAGGCCCAUGAUGCUGAGCUAUAUCACCAAUUUCUGCAGACAGCCCAACGGUGUUCCUGCACACCUCCAUCUCUGCUACCAUCCGACAAGCCAUUCAACGGCAUCAGAGGACUACACAUAGAUCAUGAAGUGAAGCCG